CCCUGGUCCGGACUAAGGGUGCGUUCAAGACCUGUCGGUUAAAACUUGUUGGAUGUGUUUGUGCCUUUAAUCGGUUUAAGUCAUACACUGGCUGUGUGAAGGUUGCACUGGUAAUUUUACUAUUUCUCUACAUUUACAUCGAUGUCGAUUUGAUAAGUGAUACAUUUAACUCAUCAUCCAACAGCAAAACACAAAUCGUGGUAUUAAACAUAAACCGUUCUUCAAACUUAUUUUUUGUUACCAGUAAAUCACAAGUAUAAUUUUAUUUUAGCACACUAACGUAUUUUCGAUUCAACAAACUUCUACUACAAGCCUAUUCAUGACCUAAAAGUUGGGGUGAAAGAGAGUUGAACGGGGUAAACAGCAUUUUCCAGAGGAUUGUCUUAAAUACCAUUUUCUCUAUGUGGUUGAAUGCAGCGUCAACCAGCAACGCGCAGUGACUGACGUCGCAGCACGGGCGUGGACAGCAGCGGCGGGUGCGCAUCGUCGUGGAAAGUAGGUGGCAGGCAGCUUGGGUAAUGAUGGGGGAAGGCGGCGGGGAUGAAAUGCGUGACGGGUAAUUUAUAGUUUUAGCCCACUCGGAUUCUGAAGAAGGUUGCUAUGUGGUACAGGGCUUUUUAUUUAACGUUUCUGGCAAAUAUAGUUACAUCAACAGCCACCAUAGCCCCCUAAAUCUUUACUUUUCCAACUGUUUUUAUCCACAAGACAGACACUAGAUGUCUCUCUUCUCUCAUGGUUUCCUCUCAACUGAAGUUGUUUGUCUUCAGAGAAGUUUCUGAAUCAGUUUAUAAUUAAAGUCCACACUGGAGGUUUAUUGAUGGGGAUUAGGUAUUUUUGAUCAUAUUGACAGUGUUUAGGAGUGUGUCUCCUCACAUAAUCUCUAAGCAAAUCUGUUGUAGGCUAUUGUUGAAGAUGUGCAGCAACAAACCCACUUUGGUAAUUAUUUUUACAGGUUUGGGGUUGUAGUGCUGUUUUUUUGUCCUAGGCCAUCACUGCAGAUAACUAUCAAAUUGGAUAUUACGCACCCGCCUGCCCGUUUUUUAACUUUCCUGCAAUAAACUGAAUUUCCAUCCCUAUGUGGCUCAUGUUUUAUGUCUUUCCAAGUUAAUUGGAAAACCCAAGAAAACCCCAAAUGUUGUGAGGCCCAUUGCUGUGUCAAGUGAUUGGCUCAGUGAGUGUUUGUAGCUCCAGCUUGGAGGUAUUUCCUGAUUGGUCGCUGUGAGCACCAUGGGUCACUGUGGAAGCCCACGUACAAGCGUGGCCUUUCAGUGGCUGUGAACAGUGCUUGGUUUUCAUCUCGCUUACAUGUGGAGGCUUGGAGGCAGCCAGAUCUGCAGUGACUUAGGGUUGCCAUGGCUAUGUCCUUGUUACUUCCCAAUUGUCUUCACGUUACACUAUUUUUUCUCCUGAUACAUGUAGGUAAUUGCUUUCAGACAGAACCAAAACUCUGUGAUUCAAGUUGUGCUGGGCUUUCUACCCCGGACUUGUUCUAUCAGAGAGGCGUGAGGUAUACUUACAGGUAUAGCACGACAAUUACCACAACCCUUCAUGGCUCCAAUGCUGGCAGGAACGGACUGGCUUUGGACUGUGUGGUUGAUAUCAAUGUGAUUUCAAAGUGUCACCUUAUGAUGCAGAUUAGGAACCCACAGAUAAAGCGGCUUUCCCCUCAGAAGGAGCACUCUGUUCAGCGUUUAAAGAGCUUGAGAGAGUCACUGGAGAGAGCGCGCCUCAAAAUCUCCCUCCAGGGGGGAAAGGUCACAGCCCUCUGUCUCCAGGAGGGGGAGCAGGUGUGGGCCCUCAACAUUAAAAGGGCUCUACUGAGCAUGCUCCAGACCUCCCGCAUGGGAUCCAAACAAGAAUUAGAAAAGGAGACCGAUGUGUACGGGAUGUGCACCAGCAGGUAUGAGAGGCGAGGACCUGUUCUGCUGAAGAGCAGGGAUCUAAAACAAUGCCAACAGUCCAGGCUAGCAAACUUCUGGCCCCAUUCAGUGUCUUUAACUGAAGAUACAUCAUUGCAGUCAGAGCUGCACUGUGUUCAGAGGCAUGGGUUGCAUGGAGUCAUGGAAGAGGUCAACUGUACUGAAGCCAUUUCCAUGGCAACAUGGUCCACAACUGCAGGGCUGGUGAAGACCCAAACAGUGUCCACCCUGCGCCUGCUCAGAGCGCAGCCAGGAACUCCUUCAGGAGCAGAUUCCUUAGGUCCUGGUGUGCUAACUGACCUGCAAUUUGAGGAUGAGGGGGCUGCAAGGCCCGAAAAAGCCAGAGCGUCAACACCUCAGCAAGCCAGUCAAACUGUCAGGAUUUUAUGUAGCCUCACCUCAGACCCACAACUGGCAUCACAAGAGUUCCUUCAACUGGCUUUCCAGCUGAGAGAUCUGACUCUCUCUCAACUCAAGACACUUUGGCAGGAAGCAUCUUUCAAGUGCCGUAAUGACUGGCAGCCAUUGUUGGAUGCAUUACCAGCCUGUGGAUCUGAAAACUGCAUCAUACUACUGACUGACCUAAUGAGGAACAAAGAGCUGGAGGAGGAGCAGGCUUAUGCUUUUCUCACCACCAUAGCCCUCAUUCCUCAUCCAUCGCCACAGAUCAUCAACUCCAUCAAUGCCUUACUGGAGGUCCAAGAGGUUCGGUCCAAGGCGCUGUUAGCUGGAUCAUCUCUGGUCUAUCAACUGUGCCAAAGGCCUCAAGCCUCUUGUAGUGAACUUCCGCAAGUACGGACCUUUAUACAGACGCUUAAGGAAACCCUGAAGGAGGGCUCCAAGGGAGAGCAACCCACUCGAGUGAAGAUGCUUUCAGAUGAACACGAGCUUAUCUAUGCACUGAAAUCAGUGGGAAACACCGGUCUGUCUGCUCCGGUCUUCAUUCCUCUGCUAAACCACUUCAUGCUCGACCACUCAACUACACUGGAGCUGAGACUUGCUGCCAUCCAAGCAUUCAGACGCUUUCCCUGCUCAGCUGAUAGAUCUGUGCUGUUGCAGCUGUACUGCUUCUCCCAGGAGGAUCCUGAGGUCAGAAUCGCUGCAUACCAGCAGCUCAUGCACUGCCCCGAUCAGCACGUGUUUGAAGUAGUGAAGAUGACGCUGAGGAACGAGACCUCCAGCCAAGUGGGCUCAUAUGUGUGGAGUCACCUGACUAAUGUCCUGAGGAGUGAGGACCCCAUGAAGCAGGUCCUAAUCGAGUCACUGCCUGACAACAUUAUCAGCAGAGACUUUGAAGCUGAGUUUUUUAAAUUCUCAUCCUAUUCAGACUACACUGUUUCAUCAGGCAUGGGAAUUACAAAUGUGGAAACAUCUUUGGUUUUCUCUCCCAAAUCAUUUCUACCAAGAUCUGCCACUGCCAACCUGACGCUUUAUUUUCAUGGCAGAGCCCACAACCUUCUGGAAGUGGACCUUCACGUCGAAAAUGCUGAACCACUUUUGAGCAACAUUUUUGGUCACCAGACCUACGACUCUGAUGAAGAGUUUAUGGCUCGAAGACAAAAGUCACAGUCCAAAGAGGCUAGGAGGACAAAAAGAAAAACGGACAAUGGCCAUAAUGCAGAAAAAGAAAUGUGUUUAACCGGCACAAACAGUUAUCUGAGCCAAGCCAGGGCCAUGUUGUUUGGGAGGUGGAGAACGGAGGAGAAUAGGCCCAAGUGUUGGGUCAGCGUGAAGGUGUUUGGCAAUGAGAUCAGCUUGUUCACAUGUAAAGAUCUCUACAAUCAAAUUGACCAGUUAUCGCUGAGCAUGGCAGGACUAGCUGUCAAACUGCUUAAGGGUCAUGAGGUUCAGCUGGACCAUAGGGCCGUUCUGAUGACGGACGAGCUGGUUUUACCGUCUCUGUCUGGUUUGCCCGUCAAACUGGGCAUCAACAUGACCUCCCUCCUAUCGCUGCGUCUGAAGGGCAACGUCAACUACAGGGAUACUUCUCACUUCUCCCUGACUGGAUACAUCAAACCCAAUGCCUAUGUGGGGCUUUCUGCUCGGAUGGGGGUUGAUGGUGCUUUGGGUCAGGCUGCAGUGGAGUGGGUCUCUGAGCUGACGAGCUCCACCAGUCUGGAUGGCAGUGUUCACCUGCAGGAGGGGCGGGAUGUCAGGGUCACACUUAACACACCGGAGGACGUCAUGGACAUCAUGUCCCUCAGCUCCAGAGUGUUUCGGCUCAGUGGAGAACACAGAGAGGAGAUAAAGGGGCCAAAGAGUCGGGUCCAGAAAACCACCUGCACACCAAAGACAUGGUCCAAGAUGGUCGGCUGGCAGCUGUGCUACAAUGCCUCUUACCCAUUAGCUGCCACAAGUGUUUCCCUUCCAGCUCCAGGACCUGUCUACAUCUCCCUCAGUCUGCUGAAGCUGGACAGAGGCCUCCAUUACUACCUGCUGGAGGCUGCCUACUCGCUGCUUCCUCAGAAAGGCACCUGGCUCCCCAGAGAGGCCUCCAUUCACCUUCUCCUGGCAACACCUCAGUCCUCCAUCCCGAGGGACAUGUCUGUGGACUUGACAUUCAGCCCUCACAGACUGCUGCUAAGGAUCACACACCCUCUGAAAACCAUCCACAUACAAGGGCAGCUUGAACAAGAGAGGAACAUAAAAUCAGGAAAGCUGGAGCUGUUGAUUGAUGGUGUUCAUUAUUAUAUCAUGGGUUUGGUUGAGACUCAGACACUCCUGUCAGAGCAGAGAACGCGGUAUCACCUUGAAGCCAAAAUGGCCGCUAAUGGACAUCCCAUGAUCCUCUCUGCUAAUGUUACUCGUGGACUGGGUAGGAAGACCAGCUUCUCUGCCACAGUGAAGAAUGUGUUCAGAGAAACUGCAUCAGUCUCAGUGGCCCUGGAGCGCAGACAAGAUGGCAGAAGCAGGCAGUACUCUGUGGAGGCGGAGCUUCUGUUACCCGGUGUGGUCGGCACCAGGGUGCUGGGACUGAUGGAGCAGAAGGGCUCACUGUGGAGCUCUGCACUCAGGCUCAAAUAUGGUGUGGGAGGUGAUGCCCGGUAUCUGCGUCAAGAGUGCUACACGUCUCAGAGACUAAGGAGUGAGAGGGACUCAAACCUUACAUACAUCAUUAGAGCGGACCACGAAUUCUCCUGCUCCAACACGGCUCCUAUCAACCACAAGAUCCACCUCAGGCACGAGGAAAGCCCCUGCCACAUUAAAUCAGCCCUGGACAUGAGCUAUGGCAAACACUGGGAUGAGAUCAACAACAAACGCACACUUCUUCUGAGCCAGUCUUUCAAAAACCAAUCCACACACAACCACACCAGCUACACACUGGAGUUCAGUCUACAGGUGCCAGAGAAGAAUUUAAACUACAGGACUCAGCUUCUGCACUCUCACCUGAGAGAGCUUGGGUCUGAGAGCAGCACUCACCUCAAAGUCAACUACAACAACUUGAUGCCGCUGGUGGCUGGAUUACACUGGAAAAUCCCUCCAAAAGAUACCCUGCAGAAAAAAUGGGAAGGUACAUUUAACAUGGACACACCGUGGCUGUAUAUCUACACUGCCCACAAACUGAGCCAGCACCAACACCACACGCUCCAGCUCACCUCAGAGCUGACCGCCAGCAAGUGGCUGACCAUCCCUAACCUCAUGCUGGAGGGUUUCUACAGGAACAGAGGCAGAGAGAGGGAGGCCCGUCUGGAGCUCUACACAUCAGCUGCCACCUACAUCCAAGCAGGAGGGUGGGUCAUGGUGGGGAAGCAAAGUGUGAAGGCCUCUGGCUCAUUGAGCUCGUUGUGGACUUCACCUUUGAGAGGAGACGUCUCUCUGGAGACUCUUAAGUUCAGCCACACCCUACAGAUGGCCUCCACCUAUGGCAAGCACAACGUCAGCCUCGCUGCUGUCCUGAACACUGUGGAUAAGGUGGGUGGCAAGACUGGACAGCCCUUCCAGGCCUUUCCUCAGACUCUCCUCCUGCGGGAGACCUUCACCAUCGACCUCCUCAAAGGCCUCUACAUCCUGGAAUCGAAAGCUGGUUUCCAUGGCAACAAAGAGGUCCUCCACACCCUCACCUUUGGCUACUAUCCACCAAGCCCUUUUCUCUGA